CGGAUCCGCGGCGCGCUGCACACAAGAUGGCGCGGCCGGCCGGGGAGGCUCGGGCCCCGCCGCCGCCCGGCCCGCUGCUCCUGUGCCGCCGCGCCGCUGCUGCGCUUGCUGCCGCUGCUGCUGCUGCUGCGGCCGCGCGCCGGCGGCUGUGCCGGCCGCGGGCGCCCUGCGCGGCCGCCUGCACUUGCGCCGGGGACUCCCUGGACUGCGGCGGGCGCGGGCUGGCGGCGCUGCCCGGGGACCUGCCGUCCUGGACGCGGAGCCUAAACCUGAGCUACAACAAACUCUCUGAGAUCGACCCUGCUGGCUUUGAGGACUUGCCGAAUCUGCAGGAAGUGUACCUCAGCAAUAACGAGCUGACAACCAUCCCGUCCCUGGGUGCCGCCUCGUCACAUGUCGUCUCUCUCUUUCUACAACACAAUAAGAUUCGCAGCGUGGAGGGGACCCGGCUGAAAGCUUUCCUUUCCUUGGAGGUGUUGGAUCUGAGUUCAAACAACAUCACAGAGGUCCGGAGUUCCUGCUUUCCACACGGGCUGCCCCUAAAGGAGCUCAACCUGGCGAGCAACCGGAUCGGCACCCUGGAGUCCGGAGCAUUUGAUGGCCUGUCACGGUCGCUGCUGACUCUCCGCCUGAGCAAGAACAGGAUCACCCGGCUUCCUGUAAAAGCAUUCAAGCUACCCCGGCUGACACAGCUGGAUCUCAACCGGAACCGGAUUCGGCUGGUCGAGGGCCUCACGUUCCAGGGGCUUGACAGCUUGGAGGUGCUGAAGCUGCAGCGGAACAACAUCAGCAACCUGACGGACGGGGCCUUCUGGGGCCUGUCCAGGAUGCUCGUGCUGCACCUGGAGCACAACAGCCUGCAGGAAGUGAACAGCGGCUCGCUGUACGGCCUGUCGGCCCUGCACCAGCUGCACCUGGGCAGCAACGCCAUCUCCCGCAUCCACCGCAACGGCUGGAGCUUCUGCCGGAAGCUGCACGAGCUGGUCCUGUCCUUCAACAACCUGACACGGCUGGACGAGGAGAGCCUGGCAGAGCUGAGCAGCCUGAGUGUCCUCCGCCUCAGCCACAAUGCCAUCAGCCACAUUGCGGAAGGCGCCUUCAAGGGACUCAAGAACCUGCGAGUCUUGGAUCUGGACCAUAACGAGAUCUCGGGCACGAUAGAGGACACCAGCGGCGCCUUCACGGGGCUGGACAGCCUCAGCAAGCUCACUCUGUUUGGAAACAAGAUCAAGUCCGUGGCUAAGCGAGCAUUCUCGGGGCUGGAAGGCCUGGAGCACCUGAACCUCGGAGAGAACGCCAUCAGGUCUGUGCAGUAUGAUGCCUUUGCGAAGAUGAAGAAUCUUAAGGAGCUCCACAUCAGCAGUGAUAGCUUCCUGUGUGACUGUCAGCUGAAGUGGCUGCCCCCGUGGCUGGCGGGCAGGACACUGCAGCCCUUCGUGACGGCCACCUGUGCCCACCCGGAGUCACUGAAGGGCCGGAGCAUCUUCUCUGUGUCGCCGGACAGCUUCGUGUGCGACGACUUCCCGAAGCCGCAGAUCGUCACCCAGCCGGAGACGACCGUGGCCGUGAUGGGCAAGGACAUCCGGUUCGUGUGCUCGGCCGCCAGCAGCAGCAGCUCGCCCAUGACCUUCGCCUGGAAGAAGGACAACGAGGUGCUGGCCGACGCGGACACGGAGAACUUCGCCCACGUGCGCGCGCAGGACGGGGAGGUCAUGGAGUACACCACCAUCCUGCACCUGCGCCAGGUCACCUUCGGGCACGAGGGCCGCUACCAGUGCGUCAUCACCAACCACUUCGGCUCCACCUACUCGCACAAGGCGCGGCUCACCGUGAACGUGUUGCCGUCCUUCACCAAAACGCCUCAGGACAUCGCCAUCCGGACCGGCACGAUGGCCCGCCUCGAGUGUGCCGCCACCGGCCACCCCAACCCCCAGAUCGCCUGGCAGAAGGACGGAGGCACGGACUUCCCCGCUGCGCGCGAGCGCCGCAUGCACGUCAUGCCCGACGACGACGUGUUCUUCAUCACCGACGUGAAGGCGGACGACACCGGGGUCUACAGCUGCACGGCCCAGAACUCGGCCGGCGCCGUCUCGGCCAGCGCCACCCUGAGCGUCCUAGAGACGCCGUCGCUGGCCGUGCCGCUGGAAGACCGCGUGGUGGCGGUGGGGGAGACGGUGGCCCUGCAGUGCAAGGCGGCGGGCAGCCCCCUGCCCCGCAUCACCUGGCUCAAGGGUGGCCGCCCGCUGGGCCUCUCGGAGCGGCACCACUUCACGCCCGGCAACCAGCUGCUCGUCGUGCAGGACGUGGUGGCGGAGGACGCGGGCCGCUACACCUGCGAGAUGUCCAACACGCUGGGCACCGAGCGCGCGCACAGCCAGCUCAGCGUCCUGCCCGCGCCCGGCUGCAGGAAGGACGGGACCACCGUGGGCGUGUUCACCAUCGCCGUGGUGUGCAGCGUGGUGCUGACGUCGCUGGCGUGGGUGUGCGUCAUCUACCAGACGCGCAGGAAGGGCGAGGAGUACAGCGUCACCAACACAGAUGAAACCAUCGUGCCACCAGAUGUUCCCAGCUACCUUUCUUCUCAGGGGACCCUGUCCGAGCGACAGGACGCUGUGGUCAGGACGGAGGGCGGCCACCAGGCCAACGGGCACAUCGAGAGCAACGAACCCGGCGGCCCGCCCGCGCGCGGUGACGGCGGCCCCACGGAGCAGGCCCCGCGCGCCCAGCCGAGCACGCCCGCGGCCCGGGAGCCCGGCGGGAGCGAGCGAGAACAUUCUCCACCGCGGCUGAGCAGUGGGAACGUGGACGGGGCUGGCACCGACUACAGGGGGUCUCUGUACCCCAGUAACCACGACAGAAUGCUGGUGGCCUUGAAGAGAAAGCCAGCGGCGCCUCUAGACGCGAAAGAAUUAUUUUACGAUUCAUCCGUGUCAAGCAGAUAUCAACAGUUCAUUCCUUUUUUUGUUGGCAGGAGGAAGAAAUCAAAGGCGCUACGUAAUUCACAAAUUCAGCAAACAUUUACUAAGCACCUGCUAGGUGUUGGGCACCCAUAGAGUCAAGAAAAAAAAAAAAGGACAGUCGCUAGGUCUCACAUUUGAGGAGGGCGUGGUGGGGCAGAAGAAGAUAUAAAAGAGAGAAGAGAGGUGAUGGAGGCGGCUUCAAAAGGUGCUUGCUGUGGUCUGGGGGUGGGGGGACGACUUUGGUUGCCAAGGGGGAAAAACACAAUCCAAAUAGACUCAGAUGGCCCAAGACACAGUUUAAAAAUAGAAUGUCCACAGAUAGGCAUAACUUUUCACUAUCAGCUGGCCAGAAUAGUCUAAGAAGAUAGAAAUAAUUUUGUAUUUGACAUGGAUACUAAUAAAUACCUUAAACAAAAAAAACCCUAGAAAAACCAAAAGGUUUAAAGUGAGACAUUCAGUGGCAAACACAAAGCAUGACAUAAACACUGUAACAGCUGGAUGAUACAUGCUUAUGCAGAAGUCCGUGUCUUCCAGGCCCUCGACACUUUACACACAUUGACUCAUGUAACCCUCACCCAAGCCUUAUGAGGUACAUGUAAUUCUUGUGAUUUUUGCCAUUUUUAGACAAGAAAGUUGAGGCUCAGAGAUGUCAAAGCUGACACAGUUAGUGCCCAACUGGGAUCUGAAUGGAACAAUCUGGUGUGUGAAGCAUAAAAACCCCUGGAUUUGGAUCUACAGGUUGUAACUGUCUUGAUAGGGCCUAGAAUGGUAUCUCCGAGACACUGCAUUUCCACACACAGUUGCUACUGGGAUGACAUUAAAACAUCCAAGCGAAUGAACAAACUAUGUCGAUGUCCAAAACAACUUGCUUAAUAGGAAUUUGAAAUGAUUUUUCAAAAUGAGGGAUUGUUUGAAUAUAGAACUUGAAAAAAGUAAUAUUCAGACCAAUCGAAAAAGAUUAGUUAUUUACAAAUUAUUUAUUUGGGUACAACUCUAAACACAUAAAAUGACAAGACUCUAGCUGGUGUUAAAAAAAAAAUACUGUAUAUAAUUUAUGAUAAUAUUUUGAAAUUAUCUGUUUGCUCAUAUAUUUGCGGAACAGGACCCACUGUGAUAAACAAACUGGCUGAGAGGACAGGAAAAGUUAUUUACAGGAAGACUAAAGAUGCUCAUGACAGUGAGUGGGGAAACUGAGGCUGGUCCUGCUCCACACAAGGCCGUGUGUCUUGCAGACGGACAGAAUCACACGCGGCACAAUGAGAUCCCCCCCGACCACUCGGAGCUCAGCUUCUAAUGGAACGGCAUUAUAACAUACAAUUUAUCGGAGAAAGUAUUUUGGUGUCAAUAAAAUAUAUUAAUAUUUAAAUAAUGUGGAUGUAUAAUAGGGCUUUGGAUAUUUUUUUUUUUUUAAGGAUUUGUCUGAACACCAAAAAUUGUGUAAAUUGCCAUAAUUUCUCAACCUAAGUAAUUUCGUUGCUACAGAGGUGUGGCAUCGUUUCUGUCGGGGCAGAAGAACCAGUGGGGAGACGGGCACAAAAGUGGCCCAACCGAGCACCCUAAUGGGUGACAGAAAUGCCAUUAAUUGGAAAAACCAGACCCCAAGCAGCGUCGGGGUCCCAACUGUGCUGACGGAGAUCGUGCACCAAAAUAAAAAUAAGAAUUUUUAAACAGCAAGUGGCCAUACUUCCCCUGGUGUCUGCUUUUUUUUUUUUAAAUCCCAAUUCAGUGUCCCAUUUCCUUUUUCUUUUCAAAUAUAAAUGAAAUUUUCAGAUGAAUCUAUGGACAUUUGUGUAUAUUAAGUUUAAGUAACGAGGCCGGCAGUCAGAGAAAGGUUCUUAAUUUUGCUUCUGUGGGUUUUUCUUAAGUAAAACUUCCUUAACGUAGGUUGAUGAAUAGCUGACAUAAAAAAUCGAUUUUGAAAUAAAUUUAGAUUUCCAGAAGAGUUACAAAAACCGUAGAGUUCCCGAAUAGCCACCCCCCGGCUUGCAUACCUAGAACAAUUAUCAAAGCACGAGACAGGAACUCACUAAGCUACUGACCUUGACUCAGUCUCCCCAUAGUAACUGCUGUUCAAAGGCAUGCACUUUUUAAACAUCAGCCUGAUUUUUCAGUCAAUGGUAUUUCUAUCAUCCGUCAGGGUACCCAGUGGUGUUGCCGCGAGAGCAGCCAGGUGGUUCUGCACUCACUGCCCUGGGCCUGUCCGAGGAAGAGCACGAGGAGUAACCCGGCCUCGCCCCACCCCAAGAUCAGCGCCAGUGCUCACGGGACAGCACGCAGACCCCAGCACCAUACCCGGAAAUGGCCAGGAGUCCCAGCCUGGGCCAGGCGUCUGCUAUUAACGCAUGACAUGGAGAGAGAGCUAUUCCCCCCACACUUUAAAAGACCCACCCAAGCGAACGCCGCUUGCUUACGAACAACAAAUUGACAGUAAGUGCCUUACUUGGCCCCAGUGCAGGAAAACUUAUACUUUGGACUUCUUCAGCUGUUAUGUGGCUUCCAAUUUUGCAAGAAUAUGAAAUUGUACUAGCACAUGCUUUUUAUGGAACAGCAGCAGGUAUGCCUAGAGAGCCAUCUACUCAAUUCCAAAUUAAUAACCUCAGACGACUGUUUAUUUAGGAUAACAGAAAGGACAAUGCUUAGUUUUUUCCAAGCCCAGACUUGCUCUCAAUAUCCUCCUCUGUGUAGGUCUCACUGCUGGGAUCCACCUCCUGAAUUUUACAGCACUCAAAAGACAGCAGAUGAUUAUUCUCAUGCAAAUGCUCUCCAUACUGUAGCUGAUCAAGCUCAGUAUGUCGCUUUGGCACAUAUACUUUAAAAACAAUUAAAGCAACAACUACUCGUAGUUUUAUUAUUCAAUCGGAUGAGCCACCUCCCCGUGAAGUACUC